CGCGGGGUCCCGGCCCCGGGCCCAGCCGGGCCGGCAGCAGCGAGCGGCGCCGGCAACAACCAACGGCCGAGCCGGGCCGGCAACCCCGGGCCCCAGCGGCCCCGUCCCGCCGGGCCGGCGCAUGGAGAAGCCCGGCAGGAUGGACUGUCCCGCGCUGCCUCCCGGCUGGAAGAAGGAAGAGGUGAUCCGAAAGUCGGGCCUGAGCGCCGGCAAGAGCGAUGUCUACUACUUCAGCCCCAGCGGGAAGAAGUUCCGCAGCAAGCCGCAGCUGGCGCGCUACCUGGGCAACUCGGUGGACCUGAGCUCCUUCGACUUCCGCACGGGCAAGAUGAUGCCCAGCAAGCUGCAGAAGAACAAACAGAAGCUCAGGAACGACGCCCUCAACCCCAACAAG